AUGAACGUUCCAGCUGGACUAAACCGAAUGGCAAUGGGCGUUGACAUAACUACCCUUGAUUUGGAACCUCUGGACUUCACUGAACCCGAUGGUUUUGCCGGCAGAAUCAUUGAUUUCACUUGUGACGAAGGAAAAGUCUGGAAACACCCAUACACUGGCACAACUUAUCAAGUUCCAGAUCAAAUUGGAAGCAUUGCUAGUGUGCCUGGAAGCUGGCUCAAUGCAGAGACACAUGUUUACAGAACUAAAUCGGACGUAAUCAAGAAACUUUCCGCUCGUGUAGGUAUCAAGGCAAAAUCUUUCUUCGGUUCUUUUUCGGGGAGUGCGAGCUAUAAAUCAAUCCGGCGAAUGAUUAAUGAGCAAUCUCUCUGUGUGACUGACGUCUCGUCUUUUGUUUCAACUUGCCAGGCUGUGUUUUCACCGGCACAAGUUCUUGGCUUAAAUCAGGACGCUAUGAUUCUCUACAAUUUUCUUCCGAGCCAGUUUGAAGAAUCACCUGAGCCUUAUUACGAUUUCAUCAAAAAUUACGGAACACACUUUCUUUUUAAAGGUGAAUUCGGCGGAUACAUUAGCGUGAUGUAUCUAACAGACAGUACUUACUAUUCUUCUCACACUACUAGGGAUAUUGAAGCUAAUGCAAAAGCCUCCUUUUUUGGCUUUUUGAAAUCAAAAGGUGGCUAUAGCGAUUCAGUUACUACAGUUGACCGCGAGUUCACUCAGUAUAGCUCCACCCGAAUCAUUCUGCACGGAGGUAACACUGCAUUACUGCAGACGGGAGAUUUGCCUCAAUGGGAUUCGUCUGUUCCCCAGAAUCCUUGGAUGUUUGCUGGUUCUCUGAUUCCCAUAUACAACUUGUUUCCCAACUCGACAAAAAGAAACUCAAUGGAGAGAGCUGUACAAGCCCAUCUCGACAAAUCAUUCAUUAAUGACGUCUUCUCAACACUCGAAGAUGCUUCACUGAAGUAUAAACAGACCGAUACUAGCCUUCUACGCUCUGUAAUUGAGGAAGGUGAAGCCUUACUAGAUGCAGUGAUACCCAACCAUGAACAAGUGAUUAUCUUCGGAGAGAGAGCUGAUCACCAUUUUGUUAUUCCUGAUUGGUGGGCUGAGACUGAAAUUUGCUUUAAGCCCAGAGAUGCAACUACAAGUAUGGGUAGUUGCCAAGAGAGCAGCGGCCCAUUUUGCGCCCCAUCUAAUGCAUACACCUACCGAUAUAUUGACUAUUCCUACGACUCUUUGCGAUCGUGUCAAAUGAGCUGGGCACUGUUUACGCCAGCAUAUGCAGAUAAUUGGUUCCAAAAAGCGGAAAUUUGUUUCAAGUUUGAGACAACUGGAGAUGGAAGGCAAUGUGGGAAUCCAGACCAGCCGUCUGUGUUCACCAACAAGUUCAUUCUCAGCUACGUUGGUCAGCUACAACCCUCAAUUCUUGUCACCAACUUCGAUCUUAAUUCCUGA